UCGUUUUUUAUUCUCAGGACCGAGGAAGUCAUAUUUCGAGUUAUUUGCGGAAUUUGAGCUACAGUACUGUAAAGAUGGAUCACGAACAGGAAAUCCGGGUGAUGCAAAGGGAAUAUUUCGAUUUCUUGGAUGACGAGGCGGAUCAAGGAAUUUAUUCUACUACCGUUAGUCGUAUGCUGGAAGAUGGUCAGAAUCGUUUGAUCGUGGAUAUGGUCGAUUUGCGAAAGAAAAAUCGCAAGCGAGCAGAAGGGCUUUUGAAAGCACCUGUGGACGAACUGAUCGCAUUUCAAGGUGCCCUGAAAGAGAUGGUCGGCUUAUUGAAACCGGAGUUGGCGAAAGAGCUUUCCAAUAUGGAAUUCUUCGUUGGAUUGGAAGGAACAUUCGGAUCUAAACACGUUUCCCCGCGUUCUUUGAGCUCGCGAUUUCUGGGUAGUUUAGUGUGUUGCGAUGGAAUUGUCACCAAGUGUACGACUAUCAAGCCCAAAGUUGUCAAGUCAGUCCAUUAUUGUCCCGCUACGCAAAGAACAAUGGAACGACGUUACACCGAUCUUACGAGCAGCGAUCCUUUCCCAAGUUCUGCUUCUUAUCCUACGAAGGAUGAAGAUGGUAAUCCAUUGGAAACAGAGUACGGGUUGUCGUCGUAUAAGGAUCAUCAAAUUUUUUCCAUUCAAGAAAUGCCUGAGAAGGCUCCCGCCGGCCAGCUACCACGAUCAGUGGAUGUUAUGGUGGAACACAGUCUCGUGGAUUCUUGCAAACCGGGAGACCGAGUUCAGGUCGUGGGCGAAUUCCGCUGCUUGCCUUCGAAGCAGGGUAACGUUAGUACAGGAAUGUUCAGAUCGAUUAUUCUCGCCAAUAAUGUCAUCACUAUGAGCAAAGCGGCCGAUGUAAACAUCACAACUGAAGAAUUCACGAAGAUUCGCUCUUUUGCGAAACAGAACGGAAGAACCGUUUUUGACACGCUCGCGAGAUCGCUGGCGCCUUCAAUUCAUGGUCAUGAAUACAUUAAGAAAGCUUUGUUGUGUAUGUUGCUGGGAGGUACCGAAAAGAUUCUUCCAAAUGGCACCAGACUUCGAGGAGACAUAAAUAUUUUAUUGAUUGGAGAUCCCAGUGUCGCAAAAUCUCAGCUAUUACGAUAUGUUCUGGGCACUGCGCCGCGUGCGGUUGCAACCACAGGACGUGGAAGCUCUGGUGUCGGCUUGACAGCUGCUGUUACGACUGACAUGGAAACCGGGGAUCGUCGGUUAGAAGCUGGUGCCAUGGUUCUUGCCGAUCGAGGAGUCGUCUGUAUCGAUGAAUUCGACAAAAUGACUGAUGCCGAUCGAACAGCAAUCCACGAAGUAAUGGAACAAGGUCGCGUCACAGUGUCGAAGGCUGGAAUUCAAGCGCAACUGAAUGCUCGUUGCUCAGUACUUGCCGCUGCGAAUCCUGUUUAUGGUCGUUAUGAUCAAUACAAAACUCCGAUGGAAAACAUUGGGCUCCCGGAUUCCCUCUUGUCGCGUUUCGAUUGCAUUUUCGUCAUGUUGGACACGUUGGAUGCUGAUGCGGAUCGUCGUAUUGCAGAUCACGUCUUACAGGUCCAUCGUUACAAGGAGAAUGUCAAUAACCGUGCUGCUGCGCCAGAAACAGCUGACAGCUUGAAUACUGCCAGUACGCAGGACGAAAACUCUGAACAGGACAGUUCAACUGGCCAGCGCGUACUGACCAUUUAUGAAAAGAACGAUGUUCUUCGCACGAAAGGCUCUGGACAAAAAAUCCUUACAGUGGAGUUCAUGAAGAAAUACAUCCACAUGGCCAAAAUGGUGCAACCUAGCUUAACGCAAGAAGCCUGUGAAGUUAUUGCCGAAGAAUACGCUCGUUUACGAUCCCAGGACGCAGUGGAAAAUGACGAGUCGAAUAACACAGCAGUCGGUGGCGGUCGAUCGAAAAUGGCCCGUACGCAACCCGUAACCGCUCGUGCCUUGGAAACCUUGAUCCGUCUUGCCACAGCCCACGCGAAAGCCAGAAUGUCGAGAAAAAUUGAG